AAAUGAAGACACGCGUGUCCUGCUGCUGCUGCGGCCACAUGCGUACCCUUGUCCACCGGAAAACGGAUUUCCCCACAAAUGAAGCUCCCAGUCCGCUUCCCAGACGCAGCCAGACGGUAGUAUUCGAUUCGUAUCUCGGGCCAUGGUGCUUCUCUUUCACGAAGACUCGCGCAGCUAACUCAUCUCUCAUCCCAUCCCUCCUCGUACCCAACGGCUUCCCUUCCGUUGUCAUGGUUCUCCUAUUUUCUCGUAAAGUUGGCUCCUUUAUCACCAAUUUCGUGUCGAGAUCCUCGGACUGGUUCGUACUUCGUAAUGUUGUAGCCAGGCGUGAGUCCUCCUGCUGGCGGUAUUCAGUUACGGCUAGUAAGAUUGGUGGUGAUGGAGAUGCGAAUGCGCGAGACGUGAGCAAGAGAAGCUACCAAGUUGUAGUGGCCGCGACUCGCGACAUGGGCAUCGGGAAGGAUGGGAAGUUGCCGUGGAAGUUGCCUUCGGAUCUCAAGUUCUUCAAGGAGCUCACAUCUGCAACCUCGGAUCCGAGAAAGAAGAAUGCGGUAUUGAUGGGUAGGAAGACUUGGGAGAGCAUCCCUCUCCAGUUUCGGCCUCUACCUGGGCGGUUGAAUGUCGUAUUGACCCGCUCCGGGAGGGUGGAGACUAAAUUGUCCGAGGAUGUUGUUUUAUGUGGAAGCAGGGCAUCAGCUCUUGAGUUACUUGCGUCAUCUCGCUAUUGUCCAGCAAUAGAGAAUGUUUUUGUCAUAGGAGGUGGCCAGUUACUGAGGGAAGCGCUCAAUGCUCCGGAUUGUGUUGCUAUACAUAUUACUGAGAUUGAGGAUCAUGUUGACUGUGACACCUUCAUUCCCUCUAUCGAUUUGUCUGUGUUUUGGCGGUGGUAUGCAUCUCCUCCAAUGGUGGAAAACAGUAUUAGACAUUCCUUUGUGACCUAUGUUCGCAUGAGGUAUUCUCAGUUGGAGCACCCUGCAUCAGGCAAAACGGCGGACUUUUGUGAUGCUUCAAAUUUCAGAAGCUUUGACUUCCUUCCAAAGUUGAUUCUUGAGAGACAUGAGGAGUAUGUGUAUUUGAAUCUGAUUCAAGAAAUUUUAUCAAGUGGGGAACAUAAAAUUGACAGGAGAGGGACUGACAUUCUGUCAAAAUUCAGCCGUCAGAUGAGGUUCAAUCUUAGGAAAUCUUUUCCUCUCUUUACUACAAGAAAGGAGCUGUUGUGGGGUGAAAUUGUUGAAGAACUCCUGUGGUUUGUCAGUGGCUCAGCUGGUGCAAAGGUUCCACCAGAGAUGAUUCGUCAUACUUGGGGUGGCAGAGAACACCUUAAAAGUUUGAAAUACAGGGAAGGAGAUAAUUCGGAAGCAAUGUCCAAAUUUCGGCAUAGACAAUUACGUGCAAGAUUUGAAGGCGCGCACGCUGAGUACAAGGGCCAAGGGUUUGAUGAGUUGCUUAUGGCUAUUGAUAAGAUCAAUAAAAGAUUGGAUAAUGCACUUGUCAUCCUCUCAGUAUGUGAUCCCUCAGAUCCAAAAGUCGGAGAAUGUCCACCUGGUUACACGUUUGCAAAGUUUUAUGUGGAGAAAGGAGAACUUUCCUGUCGAAUAUGCUGGGCAUCAGCCGACGUUGGUCAUGGCGUUCCUUAUUAUAUAGCAUUUUACGCUCUCUUGACCUGCCUGAUCGCUCAUGUCUCCAGCUUUCUCCCUGGUGACCUAACUGCUGUACUUGGGGAAGCUUAUGUUCGUGAAGGUCAUAUCAAGCCACUCCAAGAGCAGCUUCGGAGAUAUCCUAAACCUUUCCCUGUAAGGAAUGCCAAGUCAGAUUUUGAGGGUCAACCCUAGAAAGAAGGAUAUCGAUUCAUUUGUUGAAGCUGACUUUGAACUCACAAACUAGCACUCUCUCCGAUUGAUAGAGAAGAUGGUGAUGUAGAGCCAAAAGAACGGUGGUACGAAGAGAAUUUGAAGCACCAUCUCCUCCAGUGCAAUGUAAAGUUGUCUCUCUUAUAACCUUGAGGGACAUACUUUGAACAGUUAUUCGUCUCUUUUUUCCUACCAACUGUUUAUGAAGUUGCUAUCAGUUCUCUUGUUCUAUACAAGUCCACAUACUUAGGUAGGAGGAGCAGCUUUGUGUGCCCUCUCAAUUUUUGUGAGAAUACAUGUGCAUAAAAUGCAGAAAGUUAAAUCUGGUCAAUCUGUUGUUGGAAAAUGGACACAAAUGCUGUCUUAUCUAAAUAACUAAAGCUCAACAUUCUGCCUUGCAUUUC